AUGAAACUAGAAGAACAAAAAGUUCAAGAACUCUUGGAAUAUCUUACAAAUAACCCAAUAUACCCUCCCCCAAUUAUGAACCCCGAAAUUAUUUUUCGAUCGUUAAACGGAAGUCCGAAAGCUAGAGUUAAACCUACAACUAGUCGAUCUCUUCUACGAUUCUUCGUGAGAGAGUCAGCAAGGCAAUCCCAAAUGAUUGUAACCGAAUUCAUUAUUAGCAAAACCGAAUUCCAUUUGCGUAAAAGAGCUACUAUGGAAGAAAUGUUGGUGUAUCAAAGAUUGUCUGAACAAGUAAACGAGAGAAUCAAAAGAAGAUGA